UGGGAAGAUGACGAGUUAGAGCGCGUGAGUAAGAUACUGGCGCGGCGAGGGACGUGCAGUCGACGGGAGGCGGAGCGGUUGAUCGAGGACGGUCGCGUGCUGGUGGACGGCGAGACGAUCGAACUCGGGUUCAAGGCGCGCGCGAACGCGAGGAUCGAGAUCACGGGGGAGGGGACGAGAUGGUUGAGGGAGAAAUUGACGGUGAUCGUGAAUAAACCGCCGGGGUACGUCAGUAAUUUGCCCGCGGAGGGGGAGAUCGCGGCGGCGGCGUGCGUGGAGCCGCGAAACGCGUGGAUGCGAGCGAUGGAGGGGACGCCGAUGGAUGAUUUAAAGCGCGUCACGCGAGACGUUUCGUCGUUCAACGUGUGCGGACGGUUGGAUAAAGACAGUCGAGGGUUGUUGAUUCUCACCGAGGACGGUGCGCUGGCGCGGAGCGUCAUCGGCGGGAACGGAGUGUUGAAAAAGUACGUCGUCACGACGGACGCCGACGUGCGAGAGUCCCACAUGCGUUCGCUCAACGGCCGAGUGCAACUGGACGGCGUGGAACUACUGCCCAUGAACGUCCAACGUCUCGGUCACGGAUCGCGCACGCUCGAGUUCAACCUUCGCGAGGGGAAGAAUAGACAAAUCAGACGCGUGUGCGAGAAAUUCGGCUUGCGCGUCGUGGAUUUACAUCGCGUACAAAUCGGGGACGUCCAGAUCGGGGACUUGCCCGAGGGCGCGUGGAGAUUGAUGAGCGAACGCGAA